AUGGCUCCCUGGGCGGGGGCCAAACUUUCGGCGCUGAAUCCGCUGCGUGCCGUGUGGCUCACGCUGGCCGCGGCCUUCCUGCUGACCCUACUGCUGCAGCUCGUGCCGUCCGGCCUGCUUCCGGGCUGCGCGCUCUUCCAGGACCUGAUCCGCUGUGGAAAAACCAAGGAAGGGGGGUCGUCGCGACCGGCCGCCUGUCGGGCCUUUGAUGUCCCCAAGAGGUAUUUUUCUCACUUCUAUAUCAUCUCAGUGCGGUGGAAUGGCUUCCUGCUUUGGAGCCUUACUCAGUCUCCGUUUGUGGGAGCACCUUUUCCAAACUGGCUUCAUCAUUUACUCAGAAUUCUUGGGGCUGCGCAAUUCCGAGGGGGUGAGCUCGCGCUGUCUGCGUUCUUAGUACUAGUGUUUCUGUGGCUACACGGCCUACGAAGACUCUUCGAGUGCUUCUAUGUCAGUGUCUUCUCCAAUGCCAUGAUUCACGUCGUGCAGUACUGUUUUGGACUUGUCUACUAUGUCCUUGUCAGCCUAACUGUGUUGAGCCAAGUGCCAAUGGACGGCAGGAAUGUCUAUGUGAUAGGGAAAAAUCUCUUGAUGCAAGCUCGGCGGUUCCAUAUCCUCGGAAUGAUGAUGUUCAUCUGGUCGUCUGUCCAUCAGUAUAAGUGUCAUGUCAUUCUCGGCAAUCUCAGGAAAAAUAAAGCAGGACUGGUCAUUCACUGUAACCACCGAAUCCCUUUUGGAGACUGGUUUGAAUACGUUUCUUCCCCUAACUACCUGGCAGAGCUGAUGAUCUACAUUUCCAUGGCUGUCGCCUUUGGUUUCCACAACUUAACUUGGUGGCUCGUGGUAACAUAUGUCUUCUUCAACCAGGCCCUGUCUGCUUUCCUCAGCCACAAAUUCUACAAAAGCAAAUUCGUCUCCUACCCGAAGCACAGUAAAGCUUUCCUACCAUUUCUGUUUUAAGAUAAUCUCAGUUACGAGGAAUGCACACCAGGUGACAGUUCCAAUUCCCAAGGACAACGAAGUCUAGAGACCAAAGUGCAAUUUCUGUAGAACUGUUUAAAACUCUCUGGUCCAUUUCUGUUACCAGAAGUCUUCAGUGCAUGAGCAAAGCAAUACCACUCAAGAAAAUGAGUCUUGGGACUUCCUUGGCAGUCCAAUGGUUAAGGCUCCACACUUCCACUGCAGGGGGCAUGGGUUCGAUCCCUGGUUGGGGAACUAAGAUCUCACUUGCUGCUCAGCGUGGCAAAAUAAAUAAAUUUUUUUUAAACAAUGGAAGAAAUUGAGUCUUCAGAGAAGAAAUACUUCUGGCAGACCUGGGAGUGCUAUGUCUGCUUUCUAAGAUGCUUUAUAAAAGCAACCAAAUGCUAAAAAGUAGAUGAGACUUUUCCAAGCUGCUUCAAAAACAGACUAAUCAAGAAUAUACAAACAGCUUCAAACAAACACACACACAGUGGAAGAGAUAAGGUCAUCUGUGGCUUUGUUUUUGCUACAGACAAAUUAACUAGACUACACAAUAAGCAAUAUAGCAGAUGCUCAGUAACUUGUUGCAUAUCAGUCAAAGCUGAAUAGCCUUUGAAAAUAACAACAAUGUAUAAUUUCACACCAAUGGAUUCUGGGAAAAGUGAGUUUAUUGAAGUUAGCUUAUACUUAUUACCACAAAGAUUUCCAGCUAUGUAACCAUCAAUAGUCAUUUCCCCCUCAAAUCAUAGCCUAACAA